GCCACAGACACCUUUCUUUACAUGUCGCCCGACUACUUCCCCUCCAUCGACUCUCCUCCCUCUCACCCCGGCCCCGCUGCUGCUGACUUUGCUCCCAUGCCAUAUCCCACUCAGACGGGUGCCCACCAGCUCCCCAUGGAUCCCGCCUACGCCCAGCACCACCCCUCCAACGACCCUGAAGCUCCUAUGGGACAUGCCCUCUCCCGCCACUUGUGGCCCGGCGCGGAACUCUCGUACCCUCUCGAGCACCACCCCAUGUCGACGGCCGACUUGGAGAACCCAGAGAUCUCGAUCCACUCUCCCGCUGCCCUCUUCGGCAGCUGGCCCGCGACCCUUGCAACAUCCACCUCCCAAGCCCCCUUCCUUCAUGGCGAGGGGCCUCUAGAACCGGACUCCUUGGCGAUGGGCCCGCCGGCUUAUCCCCCUCCUUCGCGGGAGCACCUGCUAGCCUACGGCGAUGCACCUCGUACCACGUUUCCGACCCCCAGCGAGCUUCUCACAGAGCUCGCCUCCCACACCCCGACCGCUGUCGGCGCAGCGAAGCGCGAGUCGGACAGGAAAGUCGAGAGCCAGCGUAAAGCGCGACAGCGCAUCGUCGCCGACAACGUUGGCUUUACGCCGACAGAUCCGGACACGAUCUCGUCGCAUGACAAAAAACGGUUCUACCUCGAGUGCCUCGAGCAGUACAUCAUUUACUUGCACGAUCAGCUGCGGCUCGUGGGCACAGACCCUGCCCCACUUGAGCGCGUGUCGACCUACCGAGGCCUUUCGAGCCGCUCCAUCAGGACGAUGUUGGUCCACAUGCAGAGCACCCUAAAGAGUGCACAAGACGAGACCUUGGAAGAAGAACAAAGGUUCCUUGACCUGUCGGAGAAAGUCCACCAGAUGCACCGCAUACCGGACGCGGGGGACGAGCAGUCUCUCGCUUCCGCUCCUGUUCUUGCGGAUCCUGUGUACACAAAUCCCUUCUGAUCCAUCCUCGUGCUUCGGCUUUCGGUUUGCUUCUGGGACCCUGUGUAUAGUGUACGGCUGUGUCUUUAGCUAUCCUUCUCUUGCGCGCUCGGCAGGUUGUAAUUCCGGGUCUGUGUUGUUGCCUCGUGCUAGAGUUGUAGAUUAUUGUGUUUCUCAGCGGUAGGCAAGAGAUAUAGUCCUUCAUCUCGAUAUAUUGUAUGUUUUAUUCAUUUGAUAAUACAAGCAUUGUUCGAAUCGU